AUGGUAUUUCAAUCAACAUUGCCCAUAUCUAUUAAUGAAAUGCCUAAAGAAAUUAGAGAAUUAAAUGCUGAUACUCCUCUUUUUGGAAUGACACUAGGAAUGCGUGUAAUGCAAAAUAAAGUUGAUAGUAUUUUUGAAAGAUUACUAAAUUUUAAGAUGAGUAAAAGUGAAAAUCUAAGUUAUAAUAAAAACUUGGAUGUUGAAAUAAUUGAAAAAGAAAUUAUUACUCAAUGUGAUUUUGGUUGUUUGAUUCCACCUCCUAAUGUAGUUAUUUUAACUCCUACCGGCUCUCCAAAUGAUGAUAAUAAAAUUUUUUGUAUUACACAAAUGUAUAAAGAAGAAUUUUCAUUGAAUGAUAAUAAGUAUCUAGAUAUUUGUGCAGAUGUGGCUAUAUUCAGAAGGUUGAUUAAAUCACAUGCUCGAUGGAAAAAAAUAAGACCUAUAUUAGGUCAAUGGCACACUUCGAAAAACAUGCUUAAUGUUAUACUUACUAUUUUUUUAAGCUAUGGGAUCUUUUAUUUAGCUACAGCAAUUGGUAUUUGA